AUGUCCAAAUUCUACACUCGAAACAGCGCCUCUAAGGCCCUUGCCAGCUCCUCGAACACCUCGGGUCUUCGCUCUUCUACGGAGUCCAAGCAAAACUUCGCAUACGAUACCGAAAGCAUUAUGACCAACGACUCGGCUCCCGUCAAGGCCAAGGCCAAGCUUGAAUACAAGCCUCAGCCACUUUCGAAAUACCUUCAGAAUGCCAUGACACAGUGGUCUUAA